AUGGCGCAAACAAUCGAGGAACUGCUGGGCACAAAGCCUUCCGAACACUCACAGAAAACCCAAUAUAUGGACACGGUAGAAGCAUACGAUAAAUGGGCAGAGGUCUACGACACAGACGGGAACUUCCUCCAACGCCUCGACACAAUCGAGAUGCGCUCUCUAUUACCCCAAUUCAUCGACCGGGUAAGCAAACGCUUCCAACAAAGCCUACCAGAGUCAGAGACAGAGACAACUCCGCCCAGUCUAGUAGAUAUAGGCUGCGGUACCGGCCGCAACACAAUCCAGCUCCUCUCCGCGCUAAACACAGCCAACAAAGCCACUUCCUUCUCCGUAAUCGGAUUGGAUGCCUCACGCGGCAUGUUAGAUGUAGCGCGGACUGCGACACGCGAGUAUGCGGCUAAAAGCGCAACGAAGACGGACAUUGAGCUCGGUAUCCUUGACCUCCUUCAACCCGAGCUAUUAAAGACGCAGCUUCCGUCUAGACUGGAUGGACCGGGUGCUGUGGGUGUGAUAUCCACGCUGGUGUUGGAACAUAUUCCCCUUGAGCGGUUUUUUGCCGUUGCUGCGGGGAUUAUGAGAUCUGGUGCGUAUUUGCUUGUGACGAAUAUGCAUGCUGAGAUGGGGAUGCGGAGUCAGGCGGGGUUUACGGAUGAGAGGGGGGUUAAGGUUCGGCCUACGAGUUAUUGUCAUGGUAUUCCGGAUGUUUUGGAUGCAGCUAGGGAGGCUGGGUUUGAAGUUGAGGAGGUUGUUGGUGCGGGUGCGGAUGGGGUAGUUGUCAGGGGGGUUGAUGAGGAAUUGGGGGAUGUUUUGGGGGCGAGGGCGAAGAAGUGGGUUGGGGUUAGGGUUUGGUUUGGGGUUUGUUUUGUUAAGGGAGGUUGA